AUGGCAGCAGACGAGGUUGACAUGUCGGUUUUCUCCAAGAUGGCGGAGCUGCUCGCGAGACCGCUGUCCCCCACUGCUUUGGAGAAGGAGGCCAAGGAGGAAGCAGCCGGCAUCCACAGCCAGCGGCAGCGUGCUCCGAAGCCGAAGAUGGCAAAGGACAAGCCUGCUGCGCAGGCAAGAGCUGCACUCCGGAGCCGCUCCGAAGUCUCUGAGCCUGUUAGAUUGCCUUCCCCAGCUGUAUCCAACGAUGCCGACCCAGAAGCCAAGGGCAGCAUCCUGUCUGCGGUUUCGGAGCUUAGUGGACUGCAGCAAGUCUGGAAGGAGAAAGUUAAGCACCCCUCUUACAGGAAGGCGGGCCCUCCUCGAAUGAAGAGGCCUCCUAUUAAGGUUCUUGAAGAGGAGGAGCGGCUUCAGAAGAUGGACGAGAUUGACAGUCUCGAGCAGCAGCUGCGAGAGGCUAAAAAUUUAGCAGCAGCCACUCGCCAAGCAGCAGCCGCAGCCGAGAAGCUGGCACAGGCUGCUGCCGCAGAAGCCGACGAGGACUCCAGCUCAGAGAAGCUGAAUCCAGAGCUUCUCGGUGGCGGUCAGGAGGAGCCUUCAAAGGAGGGGCUCCAUCGGCAGGCUGAAGAGCGAGUCAAGGCACGCAAGCGCCAAGAAGUGAAGGAGCGUAGAGAGCGUCAUCGCAAAGAAAUGGAGGAGAAGCGCCAAAAGCAGGCUGAGGCUGAAGCAAAGGCAAGUGAGUUGGAACGGCAGGCCAAGGAGCGUGUGCAGGAGCGCAUUCGAGCCGAGCGAAAUCGUGAGAGACUCCUUCAGGAGGAGCAUGAACGUGAGGCUGAGGAGCGAGAGAGGCGGUCACGGCAAGUUGCGGAGGAGCUGCGUCAACAGGCUCUGAAGCGGCUCGCUGACAAGGAGCAGGCAAGUCGGCAGUGGACCGAAGAGAUGGCGAAGCAAGAGUCAGAGGCAAGACGGCUGCAGAUCGAAGAAAGCGAAGCUCGAGCUGAGGAGCUGCGCUUGAAAACUCGGCAGCGAGUUCAUCAGCACAACCGGGAGCAAAGGGAGCAGGAGCUGGCAGCUGACGAGGAACGCCAACGCCGCAACGAAGACGCAGCGAGGGCUGAGGAGACCAAGAUCCGGCAGGCUUUGCAAAGUCAGCAUCGUGCAAAGCUUCGCGCUGCCGAGUUCCGCCACAAAGCUAAAUCUCAGGAGCAGGCACGUGUCCUCCUCCACGAAGAGGAGAUUGAGCGGGAGCAAGAACGUGCAGAAGCUGCCUUGAUGGAGCGACAAAGGAAGCGACGGUGGCGCGCAGACCUGGGCAGCAAGUCUGGGAUGACACCGCCUUCUGCUUCAAGGGCAUCUAGCCAACCUCCUUUGAGGCCUCUCCAUGGCGAUUCACCUGCUCCUGCAGGUCGCAGCUCAGACAGCAGCCGUGCAAACACGCCCAACUGUCCAACAUGGAUAGUUGUGGACAGUGAUGCGCCGCAAAGGGCAGCUCCCAGGCAGCAAGUACGUUCGCAUGUUGCAUUGAAGAAGCUUCCUCGCGCAGCCAGCCAGCCUGUCAGGCAGAAGCCUGUAGCAGCGCUGCCCCGCCAAAGCCAAACUCCAGGCAGCAGAGAAAGCAGCCGAGCGACAACUCCAAGAUGUCCUGAUGACCUGGUUGAUGCUACGGACGAUCAUCCAGCUCCAGAGGAGUUUGCGGCCCCUUCGAUGUCGCCCAGGAGCAAGGCUGCUGCAGACGCUGAUGUGCCCGCCCCUCCAGAUGGCCAUUCCACAGGUCCCAAGCCGUGGAAGCAAAGGGCAAUCCAGGUCAACUCAGCAUCCUAUUAUCUGGAAGCGCUGAAAGCUGCACGCGGUCAGCCUAGCAGAGGAGCUGGGCGGCCAGCCCCAGGAAGCAGAGGCUAUGCUGAGCAGAUGCGGCUUCGUGCCGAAGAUGUCGAGGCAAAGCAGCGGGAGGAGCAGGACACAAGGAUGGAGCGAGGUUACGCUGCUUUGCAGAGAGUGCAGCAGCGUGGAAUGCAGGCAUCCCCAGUUCGCAGUUCCAUGGGCUGA